AGGCUUGUCUUGUGACACAUUUCUGACAGCUUCCAAAACUUUCAUGAAUGGAAGAAAAUUGAAAAUAUAAUACUGUUACUGAGAGAAGGAUUAGCAAAUUUUGUCGCUUCGGCUUGGUCCCUGUUAUGCUUGUGUUGUGUAUGUGACUGACAAAGAACUUUGACAUAGUGGUUUUACCGUUCGUUUCACGAUCAGGUGGGCUAGGCCCUCACCAUACAUUGAACAACAUGUCAGUAAGAGAGAGGGCUCGCAGAUCGCUACAAAAAUAGGAAUGUAGAAGUUAAGAAUUGGCAGAUGCAGUUGACGCUUUAAAAUGGAAGACCGUGCAGAUGCAGCUGAGCUAGUGAAAUGUUUGGAAUCGGGAGACUUAGAAGUGGUUGCGAAAUUUACUCAGGUUAUCCAUGAAAACCUGUAUGCUGCGAAGGAUUCCACUCUGUUGAAUUCACUUGUUGAUUGUUAUGUUGGUUCGAAGUCAGAAAAUCUUCUGUCUAUUAUUGUUGGAAUAAAUGAAUCGCACUGUCAAUAUCUUUUUGAAAAGAUGAAUGACCUGCUAAGGCGUGGAAUGCAAACAGAGAUAAGUUUACUCUUUGCUGCCAUAAUCAGAAAACAGCCAUCCUGGCUCUAUAAAGUUGUUGGUUGUCAAUUCUUCACCAAUUAUCUCAAGACAUUACGGGGUGAUCAGGAUGUUGUUUUCCUUAUGAGUGGAGCAGUGAUCAUUAGCAUGUUGUUACCCUGUGUUCCUUCACUUGUUGCACAAUAUCUAGGUGAUAUUUUGGAUAUAUUUGUCAAAAUGGCAUCAUUUUUAGUCCACAAGCCAGCUGCCUUGCCUGACAUACUUAUUUUGCAUCUACAAAUUGGUGUCUAUAUUCUGUUUCAUCGACUGUAUGCUAUGUACCCAAACAAUUUUUUAUCAUAUAUGCGCUCAUACUAUGGCUCAAAAGGCAAUGAUCCCGUCUUUCGUCAAGUUAUUCAGCCUAUGUCACAGUUUGUUAAACUCCACACUGGUCUGAUAUUAGACACAUCAAAAUCAGAAACAGAGAAGACAAAAUGGAAAACAAGCCAACCGCACGACAUAUUUGCGGAGUGUCAGAAGAUUUCUUUAGAUCCUCUGGAUGCUGUUAAAGAAGCUACAUACACUGUACUGUCGGAGACGAGUUUUGGGAUCCAAGGUCUUGCUGCUAGAAAGGAAGUAGUUGUAAGCACGGCUGUUACAAGUGUUGCUAAUGAUAAUUUGUCUUCAGUAAACAGUGAAUGCAAGAUAUCAGCUACUGAACCUUUACACCAUGAUGACAAUGGUAAACCUCUUCAUACUCAUGAUUCUACGUCAUACCUUUCUAAACAAGAGCUCUCUUUAUUUUGGAGCCCUUCUUAUUCGUGUGGUUUGAGCACUCCACCCUCCUCGCGUACUCUUUCGCCAGCAAACAGCGCUCAAGAUAUUACUUCUCUGAAUGAAUUUUGUCAGCGGCCAAUGACGCCCUCUGCAGACGUUGAAAGAGAGGGGGCCAAUGAGCCACAGGAAAACCGUACAUCACCUGCAGAUACUGCUCGUAGAAGGUCUGGGGGUGAGUUGAAAAAAUCUCACCAAAAGAGUCACAAAUCUCCAAAACUUAGUGUUAAAUCGAAAAGUGAGGAAAGUAUGGAGAAUAGAGGUAGUAAAAAAAGCCGUGAAGACAGUAAAGUUGAACUGAGUCCUGAGUUGAUGAAAUAUAAUGUUGAUCGAUCGAGGACGUCGCCCAGUAAAAAGAAACUUGAUCAGAUACAAGGUCAUCUUGGAAACAUAAAGACGAAAUUAAGCCCAAAACUUUCUCGAUCGGAUAAAAUGGUAACCAAGCAAACGCAGUCUGCUCCAUCGACACCAGGAUUGGCACAGAAAGACAGCUUUACUUUCCAACCAGUACAGGAUCAUGUAUAUUUACAAAACGAAACGCUCACCCCAGAUUACCACAAUAGAAGCCUACCCCAAUCUGGAACUGCAUUCACUCCUUAUCAGAGUGACAAGAGACCAAUGCCUGGCUCCCACAACGUGUCACGGUCGGAAUCCCCUGUUAAUAAGUCCAAUGCAAGCAUUUCGCUAUUGCGGGUUGUAAAGGAGAUGCACCAGGAGGCUUUGUCAAAAUUUCACGUCCCAGCUUCACAAGAACAUGACGUAAUCGAGCAUUUUGAGAAGUUAAAAGUAAAGAGCCCACUGGAGCUUCUCGAUGAGUUCAUAGCAUGUGGUUCUAGUUUGCACUCUCACCAACUGAGUAGAAUCCCCAUAACGAGUCAGAUUGACACCGAUUGGACCUAUUUUGGCGGUACGACUCCUGCAGAUGAGCUGUCAAUACUCAAGACACAGUUAAAUUUGUUUGAAGUGCAGUUGCAGUAUCAAAGAUAUAAAUGCGACCAGCAUGUUUUGCGGAACCGUCGACUCGUUGGGAAAGUACACAAGGCUCAAGCAAUAGAAGAUGAAAUUGACACUCUGAGAAAUCAAAUUUCACUUUUGGAGUCAGAGCUGAGAGAAGUUAAAGUUGCUUUGAAACAUAAGGAUGAGCUCGUGAGGCGACAUCAAGAUACCCAUCAGGUAUCGGAAAAGAGAAUUUCAGGAACUUUACAAGAAUUUCAAGCAGAAAAUGAAAUGCUACGAUGCAAAUUAGACGAGCUUGUGGACGAAUUAGCCUCAAAGGAGUGCCAACUCACGAGUACUGCUUCGGAACUCAAAUCGGUCCAACACGAGUUGUUUGAAACCAAGUCAGAACUUGAUCACAUAAGACCGAAACUAGAAAUUAACAACGCAGUGCAGGCCAAGGCAGACAAUCUUGCAAAAUCAUUGGUGACAUUUCAUGAUAAAUAUGACAAAGUCAAAAGACAAGUUCAGCUGUUUGAAAAAAGCCAUGUUGGUGGCGAAGAAUCCUUUAUGGAGCUUGAAGCACUGAAGAUUGAAGUCAGAGAACAGAAAAUUGAACGUGAGCAUCUUCUCUCAUCCCUUGAUGCUGCAAAGGUGCGCAUUGCCGAUCUCGAGGCACUACUUGCUAAAAAGGAAUCGUUGAUCAGGGAACAAAAAACAAAGACGGAAGAAAUUUACCAAAAACACGAAGAAGAGAAAAAGGUUUUAGAUGAAAGAUACAAAUGUUUGAAGAAGGCUAUCCAAAGUAUGGAAUCAUAUAUUCUCUAUCUGUUUGCUAAAUUAGAAGAAAAUGGUCGAGAUGUUCGUGGUCAUGGCUACGGAGGAGGGCACAGGCGCAGUGAAAGGCAUGAACGAUAUGGCCAUGAUGAUAAUAAUUCUCACAGAAACCAUCAAGGGGAACGACGAACUGAAAUCGAUGUGCAUACGAAAUUGUCUCAGAAGGACAAUGGAGAACAGAAACGACGGUGUGAUGACGAACCAGUGGCAGGCAGCAAGGCAAAAGGAGAGGCUGAACACGAUAAACAAAGCCUGAACAGUGGUGAAUCUCGGUCGAUUUUGCUGUUAAAUGAUGGUAGCGAGUCGAGAACCGAUAAUGAUAGUAUCUCUUCUGAACUUAAAAACGAUAAGAAAUUAGAUCAGGAGCAUACACACUCACUUCAUCUUGAUAAUGAGAGACAUGUUGAUGAUAGUGGUAUUGAGCGCAGUGGGGCUGUGUAGAUUGUCGACUUCUCUAGUUACAAUUUGUUUUCAUUAUAAUUGUUCAUAACCUAUUUUUCUGCGUAAAAUUGUUAGGCUGUUUAUGAAAUAUUUAUAUUAAAAUACAUCCAUAUUUUAAAGAAAUUGUUAGAGUUCUUGUUCAUCCACACGACCGAUUUGCUUGUAUAUUUUAUGAAUGGCUACCGUUGAUGCAAUUGUGACAGACUUUUAACCAUUCAAAAAGUAACUAAAUUAUUUUAAGUAUUAAAAAUCACAAUACCAAGCAACGAAUUCAAUUUUUUGUUUCGUUAAAACAGAGAUCAUAUGAAUCAUAUGAUUGCAUAUGAAUUUUGAUUUAUUCUUCUCUUAUUCAUGUCACUUAUUUAUAUUUAUACUUUUGCCAAUCUCUUGCGACAUUGAACAAUAGAAUUAAUCAGUAAUUAAUCCCUUUUUACGAUCAUUUUUAGGCCAAUUUUUUAAUAGAUUCUUCCUAAAAAGCCUAGUCUAUUUAGGUCUUGAACACGAAUGCGUGAAAUCGGCUCGGAGAUGGCUUAUUAAAUCUUAAUGCUCAAUGUUACCAUAAGAACCUUUACUCGGGUCUUAGUUCAAAGCCUGCAGUCUUAAGUUUACCGGUACCCUAAUCUUAAGUGGUUUUUCGUGUAUUGAGAUGUUUUGCUCCCACACUUAUCGUGUAUAUCAGGCUAUGUUUAAAGAAACCGGCGUUGAUUGUCCAAUCUCAGGACCUGUAGUUGAUUGAUAACCUUUAAAUGAUCUAAGAAAUGCAAAACAGUCAGAGGAAUGUCUACUGAACUUGACCCCAUUUGUACUACAUGAGACGUCCUUAAUUCAAAAGUUUCUUUUAGUUUUUAAUGUUUUCAGCAUCAUGAGGCUAUCUGAUGAAAACAGGCUACCAAAGAUAAUCGAUUUGCGUUUUUGGUGCGCUGUGUUUUGUCAGACAAAAACAUUUUCUGCAUGAAGCACAAUUUUUACCGAUUCUGUUUGUUUUAAGAAAACCUACAUAUAAAAUGCUGCCAUCUCUUGAAGAUGGUCUUCAAAACGAUUAUCGAAAGUUAAACGAAAGAGUUUAGACUAGGAAAACAAUGUUUUUGUACCUAACUCCAUAAGAGAAGAGAAACACUUGGGAGGAACCCGUCAAAAUUCUAAAAAAUUUUAUAGGCUGUUGAAGUUUAGCUAAAGCUGCUAUUUUCAACAUGGUAUUUCUCUUAAGAUCUUAUUCGUUUCAGAAUUUCGUGCUUGGUGUUACAGAAGCUGGUUUCCCAAUGCACCAUUGAUGCGGGAGGAUAUAAAGUCUAAGAUAAGGUGCUGCUCUUUAAUCAGUUCUCGUUACAACUGCGUAACUUACAAGCUGUUUGCCUUUUGAUUCAUAGAAUAAGUUAUUGAAAUAAAUUACUGACAUAAAUAGAGAUAAAUAAAUACAAGCCACACCAGCAGCAAUUCACUCGGACGCUAAAAUUUGACAUCCAAACAUGUUAAAUGAACAGGUAAUUAAAAAUUGAUUACCCUUAAGUUAUUUCUUUAGCAUCAACAGUUCAAGAAUCAUUUUCAAAAUCUACUGUAUGCUUCGGUAUUCGAUGACGACUUUGUGGUUAAAACAGUAACUAGCUUGAAGGAUGAAAUUAAAACUUUCAUUCGAUGUUUGAAAAUUGACAUUCACUUAUUUUUUCAGACAGGGAAAGAAUUUUUUUUGUAGAUUAUCCAUCUAUUUUGAAAAACAAGUCCGAUCUGGUACCAACGAAUUUAAACUUAAUCAUGUUUUUGUUACAUGGACAUUUUUACAUAAAUGAAAAACUUAAAAUAUACGAUUAAUCCAUUAAAGUAUAAUUAAUGGCAGAAACUGCCGUAAGUCGUUUGUUUAAAUUCUUUCUUUGAUAUGAGGAUUGUCUGGUACCCCUGGAACACUACAUUAGAUUUUGACAAAUUUCAAUAUCCUCCUCUCCCAGGAGCGUAGCUAACGGCAAGUAUGACACAACAAUACUUCAUGAUUUGGUCAGGAAAUCUUCAGUUGGUCAAAAUAGUCCUUACUCUGUCGGUAAAAUUUUCAAUCGGCAGGUGAAAUAGUACAUAAAUUUUUCUACAUCUAUCUUCGUCAGUAAAUUUUACCAUUGAUGAUCCUUCACCAUCUAGUCUGGAAAGUCAAGCUACGAUACUGUUCCUCCCUGCUCUUUAAAAAGUGGUCUUUUAGAUUCAGUGAUAGAGAUUCAGUGUUGUGGAGACAGACGUGCAUGUCGAUCCUUUGAUUGGCAUUUUCUCAAAACACCUUUGGAGCUAUAGAGCUUUCAAAUGACUUUUGAAAGGAAUUACACUUGUAUUUUUUUAAAGGAUCAGUUUGGUUUUGACAGCUGCGUGGCUCGGUAUAUGAUCCUUUCUUGCAAUACUCAAAUGCCCAAAAAAGGAUUAGAGUUUCAAUGAAGAUGCAU